CGCGGGGAUACAACGUGGAAGAGACGCCCGUUUCAGUGCACGAGGCCCUCGAGGCUGAUGAGGUGUUCACUGCGGGCACAGCCGUUGUGGUGUCGCCUGUGGGCAGUCUGACGUACAAAGGAAAGAAGCACGUGUAUGGGGACGGGAAAAACCCCACGCCUAUCGCCUUGGAGAUAUACCAAGCACUUACAGACAUUCAGACGGAGCGUGCGGAGGAUCCCUUUGGCUGGGUGCACCCAGUUUGCUAG